UUCGAAACAGCGGCAUUUCUGAAGUGGAGAAAGAAACGAAUUAUCUACAGAACUUAGAAGAUAUCAUUUCACACUGAGAGAGGAACAAUGGAGGAUUACAUCAAAAUCGAGAAAAUUGGCGAAGGAACUUAUGGAGUUGUGUAUAAAGGCAGACAUAAGAAGUCUAACAGAACUGUUGCCUUAAAGAAAAUCCGUCUGGAGAGCGAGGAGGAAGGUGUUCCAUCCACAGCAAUCCGAGAGAUAUCUUUGUUAAAAGAAUUACAGCAUCCUAAUAUUGUGGGACUGGAAGAUGUCCUCAUGCAGGAGAACAAACUAUUCUUGGUGUUUGAGUUUCUGUCAAUGGACCUGAAACGAUACAUGGACUCUAUACCGUCUGGUCAGUUUAUGGACAAAAUGCUGGUCAAGAGUUACCUAUACCAGAUCAUGCAGGGCAUACUGUUCUGUCACCAACGCCGAGUGUUACAUCGUGACCUCAAACCACAGAACCUUCUCAUCGACAAUAAAGGCAUUAUCAAAUUGGCAGACUUUGGCCUGGCAAGGGCGUUCGGUAUCCCUGUGAGGGUGUACACACAUGAGGUUGUGACGCUGUGGUAUCGGUCGCCAGAAAUCCUGCUUGGUUGUCAGAGGUAUUCCACUCCAGUUGACAUCUGGAGUAUUGGUUGUAUAUUUGCUGAAAUGAUAACAAAACGACCACUGUUCCAUGGAGAUUCAGAAAUCGAUCAACUAUUCCGAAUAUUCAGAACCCUGACCACGCCCACUGAAGAAGAUUGGCCCGGAGUCACAAAUAUGCCCGACUAUAAACCAACAUUCCCUAACUGGAGGACAAACCAGCUAGCCUCAGCAGUCAAACAGCUUGACAACACCGGCCUUGACAUCUUACAGCAAAUGUUGAUUUAUGAUCCUGCAUACAGAAUCUCUGCCAAGAGAGCGCUCAACCAUACCUACUUUGCCAACUUAGACAAAUCUGGACUUCCAGCAAACCUGACCACUCCUGGAUUUUGAUUUCUAGUCACACAUGAGAAAACCGCUAUAGGACCUUAAUCUCAAAAUUAGUUCACGGAUUUGGCUGCCUAAGAGGAUGAUAAAGAAACUGACAUAGGAUUCGGCAGCUGAUUUUGAGUGCAUCCAUUGACGAUCGGAUGGUUUAAUUGUUAGCUAAAGGAAAAUAGAUCACUAUUUCAUGUGCUCAUAAUUCUUUGAAGGUUAUUUCUUUCAAAUAUGGUUAUGAAUCUCUUUUAAUUGAGGCAGAAUGAAUCAGUUACCUUAAGAAAGUUACAACCAGCCGAAAACCAAGACAUUUUAAACUUCACGAUGUGCUUGUGCAUGAAUAGUGCCUAUCUAUGAAAAAAUGCUUUUGAAAUUUGUGUGCUAUAGUGCUUUAUAGAAUUGUGAGGAGAUAGUCGGUUAAGCCUUUUCAUUUUAGAUCUUUGAUAGUGCGUUUAUAUGUAAUUUGAAAGAAAAUGACCUCACAAAUUUUAACAUGUAAAGAUCAUUCCUCAGUGAUAGGAUGUGUUUUGUAAGAUUGAUAUCCGAGGCCAAAAUUCAAAAGUUGUGUUGUUCAUGCAUAUGUGUACCUGUCUAUGCAGAAUCUAAUACAGAUUUUACGACGCCAAUCACGUAUACAGCACUAGCAUUCAGGGAUGAAAUUCAGGGGAAUUCAUGUUGAGUUUUUCCAUUUUUUUAAAAGAGAAAUUUUUGUCAAAGUUUUUAAACUUUUGACAUUUUUACUAUAAAAGUGGCUAUUUGUGUCCCUUGUUUCAUGUUCACUUUUAUUUCUUCCUAUUUUUUCCUACCUCUGAAUGUUUAAUUUUGAGAUAUUUGUUUGAAAAUAUUCAUUAUCUCCCAUUAUUCUCUACAUGACAUUUGACUUAAAAAGCAAAACCAGAACGCUGUUGGUUUGUAUAAAGAAUAGUCAUUUUGCCAGGAAAAAACGAAAGUAAGAACAAAUAUUUCCUAAGGUUGAUCAAAAUUCCAGUUAAAAUAUAUAUAUGCUGGUGCUUUCGGAGAAAAAAUGUGUUGUGUUCUAUUAAAUCAUGAUAAUUAUAAUAUCAAAGCUACUGGUUUUUUUUUUCUGUGGAUGAUCGAUUGCUGCCAGGUAGGCAGUUAUUCUGGCUACGGGCAGUAGUAAUCAAGUUUCUCAAAAUGACAUAUUAAUCAUAGAAUUGCAAAUGAAAGAUCUGAUUUUACAAGGACGUAAGAUUCUCACAAACCAUCUGAAUUAUUCCUUGAUCUCCAUAAGACUAUUUUAAGUCUCAAUAAACUAAAUGUGUGUAUAUAUCGUUUAUAGGUUUAUGAAAAAUCAGUGGUCAAGAAAAUUUUCACUUUAUAUAUGAAAUUUCAUUUUUUUUACUGUCAUCAGCACAUUUUACAUCAUAAGCAACAGAAAGAAAACUUUAUUUUUAUUUUUGUAUUUUUAAAACAAUCUUUGUAAAAGUCAUUUUCAUAAUGAUUUUGUCAUAAUGCAUACAAUUUCAUUUUUUUUAAUAACCUUCAGAAAAGCAACACAUUCAUAAAUUUAUUGAUAAAUUCAUAUUACAUACAAAUAUAAUUAAAAUGAACUUUUUCAUAAUUUGAAAUAGGAAAAUUUUUUAAUUUUUUUUUUUCUGACAGGAAACGCCCAUCACCAAUUUAACAGUAUGUAAUACAUAUGUAUUUAUUGUUUGGAGUGCAUAAUUGCCACCAUUUACACAUACAAUGAACAUACAUGUGUAGUACACUUACAAACUGAAAUUUUCCAUGUACAUAUUACACAUCCGAUCAAAUCACAUUUUAUACAAAAAUUAAAAACAAUUUUUUUGGAUUUCUAAUAAAUCACUUUAUAGAUGCAAAAGAUUUUUUUUUAGAACAUUGAUUCAUAAAAUAAAAACCAAGUACAUUGUCAGAGCAAGUCGCACAGUCUACAAUAUGCCCCUAUCAGAAAGUAUGACAAAGAGGGGGAAAUAACCAUUGGAUUAUUCUGUUUCAUUAAACUCGAAUAAUUUCUUUUUAACCCAAAACUGAAAUGGCUAUUCCAGUAUAGAUACAUCUCCAUAACAUGUUAAUUGCAUGUCAUGAAUCUGAUUGCUAAAAUUACAAUGUAACAUUUAACAGUGAACUAUGACCUAAUUAUUGUUUUUAGCCAAUUAUAUUGUAGUACUGUUAUCUGUCCUUCAUUUCAUCUUCAAACUUUCCUCAUCUCUCUAUCUCUUCUAAUGAUCUUUCCUUUCUUGCCUUCUGUUACUUCUUUGUCCUUUUUUUUUCUAUAUUUUUCAGCAUCUUCACAAAUUUUUGUAGUGAGCAAGUUAUGACCAGAGUAAAGUUUGUGUGUGUAUGUUCACAGCAUGUUUGGUACCCUAUUUCUUCGUUUUACUACUUAAUAUUUAGAUCUUCUAAUAUGUGGUUGUUUUUAUGAACUAAAUAUUUAAAGGGACUUAUUUACAGACAAAAAUAACAUUUAAGAAAAAAAUAUCAUUGUCUUGAAUCUUACAAGUAAUUCUCUCAAUAUAGUUUGUUUCCAGUACUAUGACCAACCGUACAUGGGAACAGAUGUCAAAUUAGCUUGCUCGUUAAACAGACAAUUAACAAGGACAACUGAUGUUGAGGAUCAAUGCAGCUUUAAGGGAAUGUGCCCUUUUUUACUAUCUAAGCAGGAAAAGCCAGAGUUUCAAGGGGUCAAAGGUCCCUGGUAGUUUCAGUUUUUUGUUUGCAAAAGCAAGGCAGUGGUUUGUUUUGAAAAUGCUCCCAUCAAUAUUUGACAAGUUUUGCUUUUGAAAAUUUCCAUCAAAUAUUUUUUUUGAUUGGACAACGUCCCUUUAAAUAUUUCAUUGUCAAGGAUUUCCAGCACUGCAUGAGAUUACCAUUCCACAAAUGUGUUCAAUGGAUGAAUAUCACCAUUUUAUUAAAAUGUUGAAAGUUGUGAUUUUAAAUACUUGCAUGUAGUAUAACCAUAUUUGCAAAGCUUGCAUUUCAUCAUUCAGUAACAUGAUCUGUAUGUAAGAAUCUGUUAUUCUUGAAUCAGUAAAUCAACAUCAUCGACAUAUAUGCCUUUUCCGAUGUAAAGGAAAUGCUCAAUUUGAUUCCCGAUUUUGAGAUUUUGAACUACCUGUGUAAAAAAAAUCUUUUUCUUUACGCAAGCAUUUUCGGCUGCAAAGUGGACAGUUGAUUAGAUUUUUGGGGCAUUUCAUUUUGCAAUAUUCGCGGCCAUUUUAAUAUAGCACGAAAAUAAUUACCUAACAAAUGCAUGGUUUGCGCAAAAUAUAAUAUCCGCAAACUAGGUCAGAUAACCCGGAAAUAAUAACACUAAUAUUUAACGCCCAGUAUUAGGUUGCUGGCCUCUGGUUAGUGACUUGUCCUACAUUGGUCAAAAGGCAAUGUCUAUAUACAUGUUACUUUUUCAAAAGCGGUGCUGCAGAUACUUGUACAGUAUUAAG